AUGACGACGGAAUCCUUCACUGCGGCUCCGAGCAAAUCACCAAGGAAAAGUCUAGUCGUGGUUUUGAAGGACGCUAGGCGGCAUCUCUAUGUUGUUUAUGCCUUCUUCAACCACAACAACGUCGCUACCCUGUUGCCCCCCUCUCCUCUUUGGAACCUUCAUCACUCCUCCCGUCAGUUUUUCCCUUUCUCCUCGCACAUUCCACUGAGCCCCCUCACUCUCCCGUGCCGCUCUUUCGGUUUCAGCCCUUUCCCACUCAUCGAGUUUGCGUUCUUAUUACUCUCUAGCCCACACUGUCCUAUUUUUCAUACUCGCGUUUUUCACUCCGCAAUGUCCGCCAUGCAGCUACUGAUUGUCGCCCUCGCAGCGUGUGUGUCGCUGGCGGCAGCAAAGUCGAAGGAGGAGUUCCCGCUUGUGUGGGUGUGCCUGGGCAUCACCGUGGUUGGCGUGAUUGUGGCGCUGUUCGUUGCGUAUAAGCGUCCCGACGAGCUGCACCUGCCCGGGUCUGUGGUGAUGACGGCGGUCGAGAGCGCGCCUGGCAACGGCAAGAACAGUGAUGAGCCGAUCUAG